GAAAAAGAAGAAUAUGGCUGAAAGGGACAUGUCAGACAGUGACAGUGAUGUGGAUGGCCCACCGCCUGUCAGGCCGCCACCUAAACGGCGACGCAUCAUCGACCCCUCUGCUGUGACAACUGUACCCAUUUACUCCAAUAAGGUGAGCAGCAGUCUGCAGUUGAAGUCAUCUGUCUUCAUACAUACUGACAGUGCAGGUGAAAAUGAAGAUAUUCCGAAACUGUGGUCCCAGUCACAGCCUUCACCCCCAAAGAAAGAGGAACCAGACAUCACUGUUCUCUCAGACUCAGAGGAGGAUCCUGAGAAGGAUGAAAAGCAGGAAAGUUUUCAUUCUGCAUCUCCACCCCCACCCCCUAAGAGCCCUCCAGUAAAAACCCCCAGACGUGCAAACAGAAAGAUACGAGAGAUCAACAGAAGGUUAAAUGCCAUUGGUUCCCUCCUGUCACCAUCGCAUGAUUCUGGGGCAGGGGCUGAACACCACAGCGCUGCUCAUGAUCACGGUGACGAUGAUGAUGACGAUGACAUCAUUGUGGUCUCCACCCCUGGCUCCGUGCCACCAGCCAGUGACCAGUCUCGAGAGAUACCCCUCAAAUUCCGUUGCCGCACUGACCUGUACAAGAUUCCCGUGCAGUCAACGGCUCCUUUGAGCACGGCAGUAAAGCAGCUGUCAGUCAAACUCAGUGUUCCACCUGCCCGCAUCCUUUUGUUGAGAAAAGAGACAGAACUUCCUGUUGACUCCACAGCAAAAGAACUGGGAUUGGGCAUUGCAGACAUCAUUGACUGUGUGGUGAUAGCAGAUGAGGACAAAGAGAAAGAGAGUGACAGUGACAUCAUCACUGUGCGACUACAGGGCAAGGACAAAGGGUCUACUCAGGACUACUCUCUACACAAGGAAGCCCCCCUUGGCUCCAUCCUCUCUCAGUAUCGCGCUCAUAUGGGUGUUGACUCUAGGCGCAAGGUCCGUUUUCUGUUCGAUGGGUCAAAGGUGACCGAUAGCCACACCCCCUCCCAGCUGGACAUGGAGGAUGGAGAUGUUAUUGAAGUCUGGGCCUGAUGACAUUGCAUCACUUGAUGACAGAACUGGAAUGUUGAGGCUUAAAAUCUAGAGACAGAGGAAAAGGGAAACUCCAGAGCAUCCUCUAAAUCUCUCUAUGAUCUCUCUCUCUAUGAUUUGAGAAUCAAAUAAUGAAUUCUGCAGUCAAGCAUAGUGCAAACUUAUUGUCUGUCAGUUUCACAGUCUGACAUCUUCUAGCAGGUUGUACAUACUUCAUUCAUCCUCUGAAU